AUGGAAUCAACCAAGCAGGUCGAGAAGCAGAGAACUCAAGAGACUGUUUCCUCUUCCACAGGCGAAAAUGUCACUGACUUGGAAUUCCCAAACUUGACUUCGCUUUGGCUGUCGCAAGAGCCUGAAGACCAGGCAAGUCUCAGGCGACUCAAGCAGGCUUGGGAGACGUACGCCUCAGGAUGGAGCCCUCAAGACAAAAUGCAUAUCUAUCGCCUCCUCCCUGAGGUGCGAACUAACCCUACAAAUCGAAGGGUCCCUAGCAAACACAAACUCUACAAAAACGAUAUCACGUUUGGGCUCUGGGUUAUCCUCCGGUGCAUAUACCCUGAUCAGAAACUCCCAACUCUCAGACUUGCCCUCAUGGAAAAGUAUCCAGGUAUAGAUCUCAGUGGCUUCACCGGUCCUGUUCACAACGCUGCCAGCAUUGCUCCCAAGGAGCACACCGCCAAGAAACUCGAGCUCAAGGUUGUGACUCCUUGCUUUGCGAAGAAAAUGCUUGAGGAAGAUGAUAAGAUCAACCCUAGCGACUUCUCCCUCAAAGAGGAGGACUACACCCUCACUAAUACAGUAUCCGAAAUCCCUAAGUUCGAGCCUCGCCUGGACCAGCUCCGCUCCGCUGACCCUGACAAGCCUCUCGCUCGACGUUUCAAGGAGGUCGAGUCGAAAAUGCGAGGCAUGGUUCUUGGAGGACCUCACAGUGCUUCUUACAGCGAGUUUCUGAAGUCAAGGUCCAACAAUGCGCCAGUGGAUGCAUCUACUUAUAGGUCCAACAUCCCAAAGCUAUGCGCCAGCCCUGGCGCUGUGUACGAAGCAGAUGUUGAAUCCUUGGCUAGUGACGAAUCUUCUGCUGAGAACGACUCUGCCCAGACUGCACUUUCAGGCAAGCAGUUCCUCGAGUUGAAGGAUCUCGUCACCAGUGCGACAACCGAAGCGAAACGGGGCGUUUCUGAUGAAAUGCGUAAGAUGCACAUCGAGAUGAUGAAGCGGAUCCAAAACAUGCACACCGAGAUGAUUGGACAGUUCACGAAAAAUCGAAAGACAUUGGUUGAUAUUGGGAAACAAGUUGCUGAGAUACGAGCAGAGAUCGAACUUGCGCGUAUUGAUCGGAAGGAUCUGGAUGAAGUUGAGGCCAGGGUCAUCAACCUGGAGCAGUUCAUCUUGUCACUCUGAGUGUUUUGGUCAAGGCAGUCGGCGUGAUCUCAAAAUUUUGAAAUUUUCUCCUGAUAUCUAAUAUGCAGAGGAGGUAGGUUAUCAAAUCACGGGAGGAUAUCACAGGUGAAGUGACUUAUGUAUUUGAUGU